CUAAUCUGCACCUUUCAUUCUUCUUACUGUACGGCGUCCGACGUGGGACAAUUUUAGCAUUGGGAAAAUUUUACUCUUUUUAUACUCAUUGAAUGAAUUGUUUUUCAGUAUUUUAGCAUAUUGCUGGCUAAAAUAAAUUUUAUCCUUAAGCUCUCGGUAGGUACUCCUUCAGGGAGGCAGACAGUGACUCCGGCGGCUUUAGUGUGAAGUCACAGCGGUGUGCGGACACAAGCCAGCCAGCCAGCAUCGCCACUUGUGACUUCUUUUUUUUUUUUCCAAGGAACGGGUCGGUCCAUCCGGCAGACCCACAGGAGGAUGAAGAGCAGCCAGAGCCGCCUUUCACCGCAGGACUCCUCACCUUCACCCGCCGCCUCCUAAACCUCCCAACCGGGCGUCCAGAUAAUAAAACCCAGCAGGCUUGUUGUAGGAGGGGCUGACGUUGCAGGGAGGGAGCGGACUGAUUCCUGGAGCCAUGGAGGACCAGGGACCGGUGAGCAUGGACUACCUUCUGGAGCAGGUGAUGCACAAGGACCUGGGCAGGAGGCUGCAGGUGGGCCAGGAGAUCGCCGAGCUGCUGAUGAGCGAGGACAGGUGCCCGGACCUGGACCAGGACCAGGCGGCGCUGGACCGGCUGGUGGACUCCGUGGCCAGCUCCUGGGUGAACUCCAGCAACUUUAAGGUGGUUCUGCUGGGGAUGGACAUCCUCUCUGCUCUGGUCGGCAGACUGCAGGAGAGGUUCAGGACUCAGGUGGGAACAGUUCUGCCGAGCCUCAUAGACCGACUGGGAGACUCCAAGGAUCAGGUUCGAGAGCAAGACCAGGCUCUGCUCCUGAAGAUCAUGGACCAAGCGGCCAACCCGCAGUACGUUUGGGAGAGGAUGAUGGGAGGCUUCAAGCACAAGAACAACCGAACCAGGGAAGGACUCUGCCUGUGCCUCAUCUCCACUUUGAAUGUGUUUGGAUCUCAGAGUUUGACUCUUAGUAAAAUCGUCCCUCACAUCUGUAACCUCCUAGGAGACCCUACCAGUCAGGUGCGCGACGGAGCCAUGAACUGUCUGGUGGAGAUUUACCGCCACGUCGGGGAGCGAGUAAGGAUGGACCUGGGAAAGAAGGGCCUGCCGCAGUCACGACUGAACAUGAUCUUCAGUAAAUUCGAUGAAGUGCAGUGCUCGGGAAACAUGGUGCUGUCCCCCAUGUCAGACAAAAACUUCGAGGACGAUGACUCGGUGGACGGGGGCCGCUCCUCAUCCUCGUCCAAGGCCACCUCGCUGUCGGGGAGGAAGGUGGUGAGCAUGGGCUCGUUCCGCCGGCCCGCCUCGGGCAACAAGUCCGCAGGCAGGGACGGAUCUGCUGCUGGAGCUGUUGACGAGGACGACUUCAUCCAGGCUUUUGAGGAUGUUCCCUCCAUACAGGUCUACUCCAACAGGGAGGUGGAGGAAGCGCUGACGAAGAUCCGAGACGUGCUUUCCGAUGACAAGCGGGACUGGGAGCUCAGAGUGGCGGCUCUAAAGAAGCUGCGUUCGCUGCUCCUGGCCGGCGCCGCCGAGUUCGACGGGUUUUUGCAGCAGUUACGGCUGAUGGAGGCGGCGUUCAAGCUGUCGGCCAAAGACCUGAGGUCGCAGGUGGUGAGGGAGGCCUGCAUCACUCUGGGUCACCUGUCUUCAGUUCUCGGCGGACGCUUCGACCACGCGGCCGAGGCCAUCAUGCCCACCCUCCUUAACCUGGUUCCCAACAGUGCCAAAGUCAUGGCCACGUCCGGCGUGGCCGUAAUCCGCCUCAUCCUCCGACACACGCACUUCCCCCGUCUCAUCCCCAUCAUCACCAGCAACUGUACUUCCAAAUCUGUGGCUGUGAGGAGGCGCUGCUUCGAGUUUGUGGACCUGCUGCUGCACGAGUGGCAGACGAGCAGCUUGGAGAGACACGUGACGGUUCUCAUGGAAACCAUCAAGAAAGGGAUCCACGAUGCCGACGCAGAAGCUCGCUCUGUGGCCAGGAAGUGUUACUGGGGUUUUCACGCCCACUUCAGCAGGGAGGCGGAGCAGCUGUUCCAGGCUCUGGAGUCGUCCUAUCAGAAAGCUCUGCAGGCUCACCUGAGGAGCGGAGACAGCCUGAUGUCUCUGCCGGCUUCUGACCGCUCCUCCUCCUCGUCUCAGGAGAGCCUCAAUCGCCCCCUGUCUGUGAAGAACAGCGUUGGAAGCAGCAGAUCCAAAGCCGUCCCCUCCACCAGGAAGCCCGCCGUGGCCACGUCUCCGGGCUCGCUCCACCGCUCUCGCAGCGACGUGGACGUCAACGCCGCGGCCUCCGCCAACGCCCGCACCAGGAUGAGCGCCGUCUCCUCGGCCGUGCCGUCGUCCCCCUUCAGCUCGGCCUCGGCGCUUCCUCCUGGAUCGUACGCUUCGCUUGACGCUUCGCGGUCUGUUCACACAGACGGUCGAGUCCGAACGAGGAGGACGAGCUCCGGAAACGGCCCUACGGUGACGGACAGCCGCGGCCGCAGCCGGGGGAAGGUCGUCUCUCAGUCUCAGCCCGGCAGCCGAUCCGGUUCUCCGGGGAGACUCCUCACCUCCACCUACGGCAGAAUUCCCAGGCCCACCAUGGGCGCCCCCUCCCCCCAAACCCCCACCAGCAGCAGCUACAGUGACAAAAACCGUCCUCGAGGUCACCGGAGUCAGGGAUGCAGCCGGGACAGUAGCCCCACCAGAACGGGCGCAGCCCGGAGUCGCAUCCCUCGCCCCAGCAUGAGUCAGGGCUGCAGCCGCGAAACCAGUCGCGAGAGCAGCCGCGACACCAGCCCCGCCAGGGGUUUCUCCCCCCUGGUGAGCCGCCGCCACUCCCGCUCCACCAGCGCGCUGUCCUCCGCAGAGAGCUGCUCAGACCGGCUGUCCCAUCAGGCUCGGAUCUCCGCCUCCGUCAACGCGAUGAGGAUCCUGAACACCGGCACGGAGGUGGAGGCCGCCGUCGCUGACGCUCUGCUCCUAGGAGACUCCAGGAGUAAGAGGCGCCCGGCGCGGCGGCGCUUCGAGUCCCCCGGCAUGUACUCGGACGACGACGCCAACAGCGACGCCUCCAGCGCCUGCUCGGAGCGCUCUUACAGCUCGCGCAACGGCGGCGCGACGCCGCACUACAUGCGGCAGAUGGAGGACGUGGCCGAGGUGCUGAACCACUGCGCCAGCGCCAACUGGUCCGAGAGGAAGGAGGGCCUGCUGGGCCUGCAGAACCUGCUCAAGAGCCAGAGGAUGCUCAGCCGCGUGGAGCUGAAGCGCCUGUGCGAGAUCUUCACCAGGAUGUUUGCAGACCCUCACAGCAAGAGAGUCUUCAGCAUGUUCCUGGAGACGCUGGUGGACUUCAUCGUCCUGCACCGGGACGACCUGCAGGACUGGCUCUUCGUCCUGCUCACCCAGCUGUUGAAGAAGAUGGGGGCCGACCUGCUGGGGUCGGUCCAGGCUAAAGUCCAGAAGGCGCUGGACAUCACCAGAGAGUCCUUCCCGUACGAGCAGCAGUUCAACAUCCUGAUGCGCUUCAUCGUCGACCAGACUCAGACGCCCAACCUGAAGGUCAAGGUGGCCAUCCUGCGCUACAUCGAGGCCCUGGCCCGCCAGAUGGACCCGGCCGACUUCGUCAACUCCAGCGAGACCCGCCUCGCCGUGUCCCGCAUCAUCACCUGGACCACCGAGCCCAAGAGCUCCGACGUUCGUAAGACCCUGCAAAGCUGGGCUGGCGAGGAGCCGGCAGGCCGAGCCGGCACGGUGGCCUCCCUACCCGGGGAGGGCAACCUGGAGGAGAGGUGCAAGCAGGCGGCGCAGGUGGUGCUGAUCGCGCUCUUUGAGCUCAACACCCCCGAGUUCACCAUGCUGCUCGGCGCCUUGCCCAAAACCUUCCAGGACGGCACCACCAAGCUGCUGCACAACCACCUGAGGAGCGCUAGCAGCGCCGUUGCCAUGGCGGCGCCCGGGAACUCGGCCACCCGCACACCUCCUCGCGCUCCGGGAAGCCGUGGCAGUCCGCUCACCUCGCCCACUAACUGCUCCCACGGGAGUCUCUCCUCCAGUCGCAUGUGGGCCUGGAGUGCAGACGGGCUCUCUACCUUUCCUCCCCCCUCCUCCUCUCUGCCCCCUCCCCCUGCUGCUGUCUCUUCCCUUAGGGUCCUGCGGCGAGCCUGCUCUCCCAGCACAAUGGAGUACGACAGUGAGAACCUGAACUCCGAGGAGAUCUACAGUUCGCUGCGCGGCGUCACUGAGGCGAUCCAGAACUACAGCUUUCGCAGCCAGGAGGACCUAAUGGAGCCGCUGCGCCGUGACGCCGGAGGCGCGGUGCCCUUUGAGUCGGACCCUCGCACCGGUGGAGACACAGUGGAAGGGGGGCGAACGGCUUUGGACAACAAGACGUCCUUGCUCAACACGCCCUCGGCUCGGUCCUUCACGGGGCCUCGCUUCAGGGACUACAACCCCUGCAACUACACGGACGGCCCCGGCUCGCUGGACAAAACUGCUCUGUACGAGGACGGCGUGGACCCGCGGCGGGACGCACGCCGUCAGGAGUGCGUGGAGAACAAGAUCCUGAACCCCAAAAGCUUCCCUGCCUGUCCCACAGAGCAGCUGGAACUGGUUGGACAGCUGUUGAAGGAGCUGUCGCAGGGCCAGGGCGGGGAGAAGGGCCCCGAGGAGAGGCGGGGGACGCUGCUGGAGCUGCUGAAGGUGGCGCGGGAGGACAGCUUGAUGGUGUGGGACGAGCACUUCAAGACCAUGCUGCUGCUGCUCUUGGAGACGCUGGGAGACAAAGACCACACGAUCCGGGCGCUGGCCCUACGAGUCCUGAAAGAGAUCCUGAGGAACCAGCCGGCUCGCUUCAAGAACUACGCCGAGUUGACCAUCAUGAAGACGCUGGAGGCUCACAAAGACUCGCACAAGGAGGUGGUACGGGCGGCCGAGGAGGCAGCUUCCACGUUGGCGGGCUCCAUCCACCCGGAGCAGUGCAUCAAGGUCCUUUGCCCCAUUGUGCAGACGGCAGACUAUCCCAUCAACCUGGCUGCUAUCAAGAUGCAGACCAGAGCCAUCGAGCGCAUCAGCAAGGAGCCGUUGCAUCAGCUGCUGCCGGACAUCAUCCCGGGCCUGCUGCAGGGUUACGACAACACAGAGAGCAGCGUGAGGAAAGCCAGCGUCUUCUGCCUGGUGGCCAUCUACUCCGUGAUCGGAGAGGAGCUCAAACCGUACCUGGCUCAGCUCACCGGCAGCAAGAUGAAGCUCCUCAACCUUUACAUCAAGCGGGCGCAGACCUCCACCAGCAACAGCAGCAGCUCUUCCGACAUCUCCUCCUACUGACCUCCAGCUUCCUCGUCCCGACCCAGAUAAGGAUUAAAGAGUUUCUCCAUAGAACCGGGCCUCAGAGACCAUCGUACUAUACAGCUCCUCAUGCUUCAGCGGCUCCUCACCUCCAUCAAGCUGAUUUUUAGAGUCAUCAGCCUUAAAACUUUCUGUCGAUAUACGACGGAACUGAAAGUAGAGUUAGAGGCCGCGUGCCUGAAGAUCUCCUCCACCUCUCCUCUUCCAGAGUCCUCAUAGGGAUCCCACGCCAAGAGUCCAGAUGAAGAGGAGAAGAACCGCGCUUAUCAGUAUUUUCCUUUGUAGAACCAUUUCUGAUUCUCUUUUCAGUGCAAACGUUUGCUUUGACACUCCGAACCUUACAGUGGAAAAGGUGCAGAACUGCUGCCGCCGUCCCCAUCCGGGAUUGGAAGAAGAAUCCGGGAGGAAGCGGCUCUGCGGGGGAAGAUGAAACCAAACCAGGAGGAGAGUAGGUUCAUCUCCAGUUUCCAGCAGAUCAUUUGGCUGGCCAAUGAUUCCGAGCACUACAAAUGUAUUUUAAGAACAAAUAUGUAUGUAUUUUAGUUUAGGCCCAAGAACCAGCAGAAUGUUAUUUUGCUACGAAAAUCUGUUCUCACAUGUGAAGAAGAGAUUUCAGCCUGUGUGACACUCAUUCAGUUUUAGUCCAACUGGAACGUCAGAACACUUUUUUUACUGUUUGUCAAAGACGUCAUUCCAAAUGUACGACAGAGUAUUACGACCACCUUAGAAUAAAGUAAGAAUAGAACUGUAAAAAUACGAGGAAAAAGUUGUCAAAUUGUGAGACAAAAAUCCCAAUUUUAUAAAAAACUCAGAACUGUGA